AUGCAUUCAAAUAGUAGCAGACCCUUCUCGCCUCCGGGCAGGUCGGCUGCCCCCGAGGAAAGAGUUGGAGCUAUUUUUGAUCGCGUGGAUAACGACCCACAGUCCAUCCAAUCGGCAAGACCUAAAAAUUGUGGUAAAUGGGACGAGGCACGGAAAAUCGAUUAUGAGAUCUUCCAAGAGCACCUGCGUGCACUAGGUGCGGACCAUGUCCGUACUCUCUCCUUCGGGUACGACGUGGCGGAGAUUGAGCUGGAGUCUGGCUAUGUCAAUAAAGCAAAGCCUCAUGGCAGAGAUCUAUGCCAGCAAGGCAAGUAUCAAGAAUCUGAGUCGGUUUGUGCAAAUGUGCUCGCCCGCCAACAGAUGAACAUCGGAGAGGAGCACUUUGAUACGUUGGACACUAGACGUCGCCUCGGUAUGGCAUACAACUGUCUCAGCCCUCGGGAAAACGCAGUUGUGACGGCUCAAAACCUCACAGAGAGCCUCAAGCGCUUACUCGGUGACAACCAUGUCCGAAUUUUCGCAGCGGCCCUAGAUACUCUUGAGUAUGUGAUUUACAAUCACACGGAGAGCUCUGUUUACCUGUCUAUUUCCUUGCAGCCAGACCUACAGCAAGCACUAGAAAUGCUGCCCGGUGUACAUCAGGAGCUACUUGAUGCUCUUGGCCGCGGAUAUCCUUUGACAAUCCGAGCUCUCUCACUACACGGCCGAGGAUUGACAAGAGCUCAGUAG